CUACGUGUCAGCGUGGCACUCUUACGCAACCCUCCUCUCCUCAUUUCCACUCCCAAAAAAAUCCCCUCUCGGUUAAGGUUUCCGGCUGCCGCCGACGAGCGCCGGCGUAGUCAAUUCCCUUCGUCCGGUUUGAGCCGGUGUCUUCGCAGCCGCCGGGGCACCCGGCUACCUUUGGCGGCUGCCGUCGGCAGCGCUGUCUCUGCGGGUGGUGAGGUGAAGGAGCAGCGGGUGCGGAUGGUGGUGAAGCAGAUCCAACGGGAGCUCGACGACAUGCUCACCCGCGACCCUGUCAUGCAGCGCGCCGUCCUCCCCGAGGACUCCCUCUUCGCCGACCGCUACCUCUCCUCCCUCAGCGCCAUCGCCGAGGUGGAGCUCUCCAACAACUUCCAGGUUACAACUGGAGAUCAUGCUGGUGGAGUUGCAAUCUUUAUGGAGUUGCACUAUCCUAAAAUAGUACUGGAAACUUGUAGCCUGGAGUUGCAAUUGAAGAGCUUAAAGGGAGAAGGUGGAUUUUGCACCACACCACGGUGGCAAGUUGAUGACGGGCCACGAGAUGGUGCUGGUCCUGGCUCAAUGGCGAUAGAGGUGGCAAGAGGUGCCUGGCAGGAACACGCCAAGUUGUUUUCUUGUUCAUCUGGCAGAUCUUGCCUCUGUCUUUCCAAGAGCACUAGUUGAAUCUUUCAGAAAAAUUGUACUUACCUAUUCAGACUGCGUCCAGCGAGCUUGUAGUGAUGUGGUUUAAUCAAUAAAGUGACUGUUCUCUCUAAACAAAA